GUGACGUAGUGUUUAUGUUCAGCUCUUCCAGUGCUCGUGUGUUGCAUGAUGUUAAACCUUGACACCGGCAAACAGUUCUAAAGUAAUUUUAACGUAAAUGUUUUUAUUGAGUUUUUUUUAAUAUCUUCCAAAUGUCUGUCCUGCUUUCAAAUGAACGAGGUUGGCUGUUGGAUGCAUGUUGUUUCAUAAACGAAGGAUUUCAGCGGUGCUACAGUCUAAUCAAAGGACACUUCCGGUGUUGUUUCAAGAAUCAGUACUUUAAUAUACUGAACCCUUAUAUAGUGAAUAAAUGCGACAGGGAUCGUAUGAUCGGUGCUCAGACUAACACAGAGAGCCAUGCGGCUGGGGAUAGCAGAUUAGAUCCGAAGAUCCGGAAGAAAAGGAAGCGUAAACGAAGUGAGCCGAAUCUGGGGGAGUUAGAUGCUGAAGUAUAUCAUAAAAAGGUCAGGGUGUUGGUUCUGGAGGGCACACGGUCUCUACUGGAAACCGGGCAUCACCGUGGUUAUCUGACAGAAGAUUUACUUACAGUGCCAGUUAAACAAAUGCCUGUUCAUGAGUGCCAGCUGGCUGCACUAUGUGACAUGGCCAAGCAGCUGCUGAAAAUGGAGAAUUCUGAUGCCCCACAUGUGCAGGCUGUUAAUGGACAUGCAGACUUGGAUGCACACCUUGAUCUGUUCUCAUGCCUCACAGAAAAUCCAGAUGACUUCGCUCGUGAGGUAACGCUAAUGGGAGAGACGUAUUUCCUGCCCCCUCGCAGCCGUUUCCUCUUGUCUGACAUCACAUGUUUACAACCGCUUAUCUGCGGUGGAGACAAAUAUGACCUAAUAGUUCUUGAUCCACCAUGGGAAAAUAAAUCUGUGAAAAGAAGUAAUAGGUACAGUUUUCUGCCAUCCUCUCAACUGAAACUUCUGCCUGUGCCGGCGUUGAGUGCAGCAGGAUGUGUGGUGGUUACCUGGGUAACAAACCGUCCCCGUCAUCUCCGGUUCGUCAGGGAGGAACUGUAUCCCCACUGGGGAGUGAAGCUGCUUGCAGAGUGGCUUUGGGUGAAGGUGACCCGGAAAGGGGAGCUAGUUUUCCCCCUGGAUUCACCACACAAGAAACCUUACGAAGUGUUAUUACUUGGAAGGUUCUGCACUAACAGUGACAACACAACAAGAUCUGAAGUGUGUGAGAUCCCAGAUCAACGGCUCAUUAUUAGCGUUCCUUCAGCGCUGCACUCUCAGAAGCCAGCUCUAUCAGCUGUGCUGAAGCCAUACAUUAGGCCUGAUGCUAAGUGUCUGGAAAUGUUUGCUCGAAGUCUCCAGCCUGAUUGGACAAGCUGGGGAAAUGAGGUCAUCAAAUUUCAGCACCACAGCUAUUUUACCACAGAGAGCGUGGAGUCUGCACAUGUCGCAUGUUCUGAGACUAUAGAUGCAGAUCAACAGAUAGACACUAGAGUAAUGGACAAAUCUGCCUGUUUAUGAACCUAUGAAUAAUUUUAGAAUUUUUUUUUUAAUCAGCACGAAACAUCAUUGAUAUUAAACAACUUUUUUUUUUAUA